AUGGCAACCAAGGAGAUUCCGGCAAUUUCGGUGGGCAGCAGGGUCAGCAAGGACAAAGCGGAUCAGGAAGUAGUCAGGGUGGUCCAGGAAGCAGCCAAGGUGGUCCAGGAAGCAGCCAAGGCGGUCCAGAGGGAAACAACAGUCAAGGUCCUCAACGCUACCGACGCGACAACCAAGAAAAUGGACCAGGUAACAGUGACAGCCAGAGCGGCCCUGGAGAACAAGGAGGUCAGUCUAAUUUUGAAGGAAGUCAAGGAGGCUUUGGUGGACAGAACAGUAGCCAAAGCGGCGGUGACGGAUUUGGUGGGCAACAAGGCCAACAAGGACAAGACGGCACCGAAAAUGUCCAGAGUGGACCAGGAGGAAAUAACAACCAAGGAAACGAACAGCGCUCACGUCGUUCUCCAAGCGGACACGGCGGCAACAAGAACGGUAACGGACAAAAUCAAGGAGGAAAUGGAGAGGGACAGGAAGGCCAGAGCGCUAACCAAGGUGGUCAGCAAGAGAGUAGUGAAUUUGGUGGCGAAGGAGGUCCUGGCGGCCCGGGAGGAUUUGGUCAGGGAGUAUCCGGAGGCCCAGGAGGAAUUGGCCAAGGCGGGCCUGGAGGAUUUGGACAAGGUGGUCCUGGUGGCCAAGGAGGAUUUGGUCAAGGAGUAUCCGGAGGCCCAGGAGGAUUUGGCCAAGGUGGUCCCGGUGGCCCAGGAGGAUUUAGCCAAGGUGGUCCCGGUGGCCCAGAAAGAUUUGGCCAAGGUGGUCCCGGUGGCCCAGGAGGAUUUGGACAAGGAGUAUCCGGAGGCCCAGGAGGAUUUGGACAAGGUGGACCUGAAGGAUUCGGACCAGGACAAAGCGGUGUCCAAGGAGGUUCUGGUGGAUUUGGUGGCCCACAAUCAAGCCAGCAAUAACCUAUCACUUUAA